GGAAGAAUUGAGUAAAAAAAGCAACUAGUAAGCUUUCUUCUUAGAAACAAGUUUUUUUUCUUUUGUUUCUUGUCUCCUAGCAUCUGCCCCUUCAACAACCACACUCCACUCCCACUGAAUUUGAGAAACAACCUUAAUUUCCCCAUCCCAAAACUUUCACCAACAAAGGUCUAAAACCCAGAAGCCUCUAAAUUCCCCACCAACUUUGACCUAGACUAUACACACAUAUAGCUCUUCUACUAUAUAUUGGUUUUCUCAAGAAACAACCAAAAUUUCUGACUAUAUGGAACCUUUUAACACGUCUAUCACAAUACCCAUUUCUUUCACUUUCACUGGUGGCAGUGGUGGUGGUAGUAGUAGUGAUGUUCAUGGCAUUGCCAGUCCAUGGAUGGACAGCAGGAUAUGGGGCAGGCUCCCGCAGCGGCUCGUCGACCGCAUCAUCGCCUUUCUUCCCCCACCGGCCUUUUUCCGAGCCCGGUCAGUCUGCAAGAGAUGGUAUGGACUCUUGUUUUCCAACAGCUUCCUUGAAUUGUACCUCCAACUCUCCCCGUUGCGCCGCCAUUGGUUCAUAUUCUUCAAGCAAAAAAAUCUCAAGAGCUACAUAACUAGAAAUAAUACUAUUGGUGGUGGUAACAGUGGUAGUAGCGGUAGUAACAGUAACAGAGGUUACUCAGAAGGUUACCUUUUUGACCCUUACGAAGUCUCGUGGUACCGUCUUUCUUUUGCUCUGGUCCCACCGGGUUUCUCACCAACCUCAUCUUCUUGUGGACUAAUUGGUUGGUUAUCAGAGGAGGCUGGCUCAAAAAGUCUCCUCCUCUGCAAUCCGCUUGUAGGGUCCCUAACCCCAAUACCCUCCACGCUCCGCCCUCGAUUGUACCCUUCAAUUGGCUUGAUUAUCACCAACUCAUCCAUCGACAUGGUUGUCGCUGGAGAUGACUUGAUAUCGCCAUUUGCAGUCAAAAACCUAACUGCAGAGAGCUUCCAUAUCGAUGGAGGCGGGUUCUAUUCGAUAUGGGGAACCACUUCCUCACUUCCCCGGCUCUGCAGCCUCGAAUCGGGUCGGAUGGUUUAUGUCCACGGAAGAUUCUACUGUAUGAAUUACAGCCCGUUCAGUGUUCUUGCCUUCGACGUGGCAGCAAACCAUUGGUCCAAAAUUCAGGCCCCCAUGCGGAGGUUUCUUAGGUCGCCGGGGUUGGUGGAGAGCCGUGGGAGUUUGAUUCUGGUGGCGGCGGUGGAGAAGAGCAAGCUCAACGUGCCGAAAAGCUUGAGGCUAUGGGGGUUGCAACCGUGUGGGACGACAUGGGUGGAGAUUGAGAGAAUGCCACAGCAACUUUAUGUUCAGUUUGAGGAGGUAGAAGGUGUCCGCGGGUUCGAUUGUGUUGGGCACGGGGAGUUUAUCGUCAUUAUGGUUCGGGGAUCGGAUAAGGCAGUCUUGUUUGAUUUUUGUAGAAAGAGGUGGCUGUGGAUUCCGCCGUGUCCUUUCACUCGUGGCGGUGGCAGUGGCGGUGGUGGUGAUGAAUUGUAUGGUUUUGCAUAUGAGCCGAGGCUUGCGACCCCGGUGACAGGGCUUUUGGAUCAGUUUGCACUUCCUUUUCAGUCUUUUCAUUAAUUUUUCCAAGUAAUGUUUUAGUAGUACUAGUAAUGGAAUUGUGGUGGCUUUAGGGGUUGUUUGUUUGUUUGUUUGUAGAAGAAGAAAUGGUAAUGUGAUAGUUAAGCUGUAAGGAGGUGUAAUUGAACUGUUAUUUAUGUGAUCUUGUUUAUGUUUAGUCUA